GGUCCCGAGGGCGCGACUUCGGAAUCCCGCCUUCGGCGGGCGCCCACUUCUUGGCCCCCGGGGCACAGCUCCGGGAACGGCUGCGGGCCCAGCCCCGCUUCCCCGACAGAGCCGCCGCAGCUCCCCGGAGACAGAGCGGAGCCCGACGGCCGGAAACUGUAGGUCCGGGAGGUCGGGGCCGCGGGGCGCUGUAGUUUCCCGGGACCAGGAGUGGCCACGGACCGCCGGAAACCAUAGAUCCGGGGAGGUCGGGGCCGCGGGGAGCUGCAGUUCAGCGGACCCGGAAGUGACAGGACCGCCGGAAACCGUAGAUCCGGGGAGGUCGGGGCCGCGGGGAGCUGCAGUUCAGCGGACCCGGAAGUGACAGGACCGCCGGAAACCGUAGAUCCGGGGAGGUCGGGGCCGCGGGGAGCUGUAGUUUCCCGGGACCAGAAGUGGCCACGGACCGCCGGAAACCACAGAUCCGGGGAGGUCCGGGCCGCGGGGAGCUGCAGUUCAGCGGCCCCGGAAGUGACGGAGGACCGCCGGAAACCACAGAUCCGGGGAGGUCCGGGCCGCGGCGAGCUGCAGUUCAGCGGCCCCGGAAGUGACGGAGGACCGCCGGAAACCACAGAUCCGGGGAGGUCCGGGCCGCGAGGAGCUGCGGUUCAGCGGGCCCGGAAGUGACGGAGGACCGCCGGAAGCCGUGGGUCCGGGGAACGAGCGGCCGCCUGGAGCUCUAGUUCUCCCGGUCUCCAGCGGCUCGGAGAACUAAGCGGAGAGCGGAGCUGGCGGCCGCGCGGAAUGGCGGGGCUGGAGCUCUUGUCGGACCAGGGCUACCGGGUGGACGGGCGGCGCGCCGGGGAGCUGCGCAAAAUCCAGGCGCGGAUGGGCGUGUUCGCGCAGGCCGACGGCUCGGCCUACAUGGAGCAGGGCAACACCAAGGCGCUGGCGGUGGUGUACGGCCCGCACGAGAUCCGGGGCUCGCGGGCUCGAGCCCUGCCAGACAGGGCCCUAGUGAACUGUCAGUAUAGUUCAGCGACUUUCAGCACCGGUGAGCGCAAGCGACGGCCACAUGGGGACCGAAAGUCCUGUGAGAUGGGCCUGCAACUCCGCCAGACUUUCGAAGCAGCCAUCCUCACACAGCUGCACCCACGCUCCCAAAUUGAUAUCUAUGUUCAGGUGCUACAGGCAGAUGGCGGGACCUAUGCAGCGUGUGUGAAUGCAGCCACGCUGGCAGUGCUGGAUGCUGGGAUACCCAUGAGAGACUUUGUGUGUGCGUGCUCAGCUGGCUUUGUGGACGGCACAGCCCUGGCGGACCUCAGCCAUGUGGAGGAAGCAGCUGGUGGCCCCCAGCUGGCCCUGGCCCUGUUGCCAGCUUCAGGCCAGAUUGCGCUGCUUGAGAUGGAUGCCCGCCUGCAUGAGGACCACCUGGAGCAGGUGUUGGAGGCUGCUGCCCAGGCUGCUCGAGAUGUGCACACCCUCUUGGACCGAGUGGUCCGGCAACAUCACUUCAGAGCCAUGUGAAGCCCUGCAGAGCCUGGCCUGGUACUGGCUACUGGGAAUGACCAGGGACCCUCACCCACACGUGAACUGUCUGUCUCUGUGUAGCCUCCUGAUUCAAACCUUGAAGAGAACAGUGGAUUACGGGGUUGAGGUGAGAGAGUCCCUGGGUGGAAAAAGCAGCAUGUCCCAGUAAGGACUCAAGGCAGCUGAGCAAAAGGCAGGGCCUGGCAAGAUGAGCCAGGCCAUUAGACUGAGGAAUCUGUUCUUACUCCAGCAUAUUGGGGGCCCUGAGCAAAGGGCUGAGGAAAAACUCAGCUGGCUCUGGGUAGCCACCCUAGAGAUGUGGGGAGCCAGGUCGCACAACCUCUGGACUAUGGCUUGGAGCCCCUUGGGCUUUUCCUGCUGCUUACCCUGGACUCUAAAAGGACAACAGCCAGGCAUAGUGGCUUACGCCUGUAAUCCCAGAACUUUGGGAAGCUGG